AUGUCAAAACUCUGUCUCAGUAAGUCUCUAAGUAAUAAAUAUAUUCUAAUUCUUAACACCGUUAUUUUAGAAAAAAGUUCAAAGCGAUCCACUUGUAAAAAAAGAUAUAAGAUCGAGAAGAAAGUAAAGGAGCACAACAGAAAGUUGAAGAAGGCUGCCAAGAAAAGUGAGUUUAAAUGUUUUCGAUGUGAUAUUUAUGCUUAGAUGGAGGUGGUCGCAAGAAGAAAGAAAAGAUGAUAUCGGUACCUAAUUCAUGCCCUUUCAAAGAAGAGAUUUUACAAGAAGCUGAGAAGAAACGAGAACAGUUGAGAGAGGAGAAGUUAGAACGAAGAAAGCAAGCCAAAUUGAAUCAGCAUAAGAAUAUAAAUAAGACAAAGAAGACGACCAAGUCCAAGUAA